CCCCGAGGACGGGUUGCUCUUGAUAGCUGACCGUUGCCAACAGAGAGGCUCGGCGCACAGAAGCUGCUAGCUACUGGAUUGAAAUCUGUAACGCAGCAGUCAGAACUACGCGCCAAUACCAAACCAAUAAUCCGUGGAUGCAUCCAACUGCGGGUCACGAAACUAGUCCGAGAGACGCCUGCGGCGACUGCGGUCCCGUUGUGGGUCCACUGCGGCGCCUGGGUGCAAGUUAUUACUGGAGUCACGCCGCUGCUGGAGAUGACGAGCGCCCGCGUCUCCCAGACUGCAGCUGAAUGCCAGAGCGUAGAAGGAGGAGGGCGCAGAUGGCAGAAGCCUGGAGUCAGCACGCAAGACCGCGCGAGGGAACGAAGCGGGUGGGGCAGGACGCCCCCCAGCAAAAGACGAGUCUGCUUACAAGACAGUCUGCUCUAGCGCCAGGGCGGAACAAGAGACCACAUAAACACAGACUUUCGGAGGGCCGCGCAGAGUAUUGUGUCGGCGCUGAAGGUGACACAGGCCUCCGAAGUAUAUGCUUACGCAGGUCGUUGUCGUUGUCGUCGUGGCCGUCGUCAUGAGCAGCGUUCGUCUGAUGAAACGGCACCGCGCAGCUCCUCGCACCACGGGAGGGGCAGGCUGCUCGACCUGCAGUGCUCACACUGAACGCCCGGAGAGCAGAUGCCCACGUCCCGUCGAGCGCCCGGAGUGGAGCAUCUCGCGGAAGAUAACAAGGAAAGAGAGCCGCGGAGCCCGUGCGUGGGGAAACCAAAAAUGCGAAUGCGCGUUGACAUAGCGUGCAGGCUCGCGAGGCUGCCUCGGCCUUGCAGGGCCGGGCGUGCAGCGAGAGCGAAAUUCGUCAUACCGUUACAGGCCCACGGCGGGAAAGGGCCCCCGUCCGCCGUGGCGAGGGGCCUCGAGAGCGGCUGCCCCCUGCGGCUGCAGGGGGAGCCCCUGGGCGCGCGGAGAGGGGAGGAGGGAGGCGGGGAGGAGGGGGGUGCUCGAGGGCGGGCGGGGCGGGGGGGGCAGGCGGAGGGAGCAGGAAGGAGCUCGAGGCACCUGCGCGCCACUCGCUCAAGCUCAAAAAAGGCCCUGAGGGCCUUUUUUGAGCUAGGGCAGGAAGAAGCCCUAGCUCAAAAAGCCCCGCGAGGGGGCAGGACACAAGUAUAACCUGGCUCACUGGCAAAUGAACUGCUCGAGAAAGUCUGCGAGCGAAAUCCACUCUGAUCGUGAGCCGGCAGCGUGGUGCUUGAGGCACUUGCGCGCUACUCUGCACACAAGGCCGGGUCGAAACGCCCCCCCAAAAAGGGGGCUGCUAUCAGGUUGGUAGCAGCCCAGGGCCAGACCGACUCGGGGCCAUGAUGUUAUCAGGGCUGCCGGGAGUGACCUCGGCCGAGGGUUCCCGUAACUCGAGAGCCGCGAACUGUUUGUUCGUGCUUUUUAUCCCUCAGCGAAGCAUUGAGCUCAGCGUAGGCGGAGUACGUGGCGAGGCAAUAGAGGAGGAGGAGGAGGAGGAGGAGGAGGAGGAGGAGGACCCCAUCCAAGAGGCCUAGAGACAAGGAGCGCCGCGUGGGGAGCGCGGCGGCGGUGUUUGCCGGGCCGGAGAGCC